CGGCCUUAGACGCUUGUCACCCACCAUACCUGUGCUGUUGCGGAGUAUCUAUGUUAUUUAUCUACAAUACACGAAUAGAGAUAGACCAGAACUACGAAAGAACAUCAGAAGUUAUAACUUUUUGAAUUGUUUAUUUUCAGUUUAGUGAGCUCACUACAGUCAUCGUAAGUCAAACUCUUUUCUGCCACUUAAGGGGAAAUAUACAUAAACGUCAUCAUGGUUCAAUCGUAUGGACCAGUCGGUGCAAUCGCCAUGCAGCACACAAGAAAUUUUCAGAAAGCUGUUCCCCUGCCGCCUGUAUCGCCUCCGGGUUUGCAAUCUGGCAGCGACGAUUUUAUUUCUCCCAAGGCCCUGCUGGAAAGUGAGGGGGAAUUCAUGGCCCCGGAAGAACUGGCUGAGCUCGAGAAAUGUCACAAGGUGUACUACUAUGGCCAAUUUGCGCGGUGUGGUUCCAAAAUAUUCGAUCCACCGCUGUUCCCAAAUUCAAGAACGGGUAUAUUUCCGUUUCGAAUGUUUGCGCAUAUGAACUUCCGAUAUGAGAUCAUCUCAGGCCUGGGCGAGGGAUCGUUUGGCCAUGUGGUCAAGGCAUACGAUCACAAGACCAAGACCUUUUGUGCGGUCAAAAUAGUACGGAGUGAUCCCACCAUCCUCGCACAAGCCGAGGAAGAGCGGAAGAUUCUCCGACACCUCAACAAAGUGUCGCAGAAGCACCACAAUGUGGUGCAGUUGCUGGACUCGUUCCAGUUCUACGGUCACCUGUGCUUUGUCUUUGAGCUGCAGGGCGAUAGUCUUUACGAUGUGCUUAAGAAACGGAACUUCAAAGGCCUUAGUCUGACGGCUGUGCGUCGCAUCGCGCACGAUGUGCUCAAGUGUCUGCUGCUACUGUCCCAAGAAAAUAUAGUACACACUGACCUCAAGCCAGAGAACAUUCUGAUCAACAACCACACACGGAAUAAGAACCAGCUAUUGGAUUGUUCGCUGGCUACGCUGCGCACAAUGACGCGCUUUGAUGUGGCGUCUCCCCUGCCAGCGAUCACGUCGCAGGAAGUGUACAAUGCUACGGUGAUUGAUUUCGGCUGUAGUGACUUUGUGGGCAAGACAG